GGUACUAGUUCAUUUGACUCAUUGGAGUGUUGAAGAGCUAAAAAAGGCGAAAAUGGGCGAAAAUGGAGGAACCCAAAUCUCAAUCAACACAAACAAGAUGAUAUCUGUUGAAGAAGCACUUGAGAUUGUGCUAAAUGUAGCUCAGCGGCUGCCGCCUGUGACUUUGCCUAUUCAUGAGGUUUUAGGGAAAGUUUUGGCUGAGGAUAUCACUGCGCCUGACCCUCUUCCUCCAUAUCCGGCAUCUAUAAAGGACGGGUAUGCUGUUGUUGCCGCUGAUGGACCUGGUGAAUAUCCUGUAAUUACAGAAUCAAGAGCAGGAAAUGAUGCACUUGGUGUGACGGUUACCCCUGGGACUGUUGCAUAUGUAACUACUGGAGGUCCAGUGCCUGAUGGUGCUGAUGCUGUUGUGCAAAUAGAGGACACUGAAUCAAUUUCAGUUGCUUCAGCUGAACCGAAGCGAGUGCGAAUAUUGAAGCAAACUAGGCCUGGAGUCGAUAUUCGUGCAGUGGGAUCUGACAUUGCACAGGGUACUAUCGUAUUGAAAUCUGGGGAGCGAUUAGGUGCUGCGGAAAUUGGUCUACUUGCCACAGUAGGUGUUGUCACAGUUAAGGUGUACCCUAGUCCAACAAUUGGUGUCUUAUCAACAGGGGAUGAGCUUGUAGAACCAACAAGUGGGAGAUUAAAACGUGGUCAGAUCAGGGACUCCAACCGUGCAAUGAUCCUAACUGCUGCAACACAGCAUCAGUGCAAAGUUCUUGAUCUUGGUAUUGCUCGUGACGAUGAGCAGGAGAUUGAGAGGAUAUUAGACAAUGCAUUUGCUUCUGGAAUUGACAUCCUUCUCUCCUCUGGAGGUGUUUCCAUGGGAGACCGGGAUUUUGUGAAGCCUUUACUUCAAAAGAAAGGGAGAGUAUUAUUUCAGAAGGUUCUCAUGAAACCAGGAAAGCCUCUGACAUUUGCUGAGAUCCUUCCCAUAUCAUCUGACAGGACUUCUAGUAAGAUUCUUGCAUUUGGGCUACCUGGAAAUCCUGUGAGCUGUUUGGUCUGUUUCCAUCUCUUUGUGGUUCCAGCCAUUAGGCGCCUCUCUGGGUGGGCGAACCCACAUCUUCCAAGAGUGCAAGCUCGUCUAAAGCAUUCAGUAAAGACAGAAUCUCACCGUUCAGAAUUCCAUCGAGCUAUUAUCUCCUGGCAGUUGAAUGAUGGGUCGGGUUAUCAAGGGUUCAUAGCUGAGAGUACAGGUCAUCAAAUUAGCAGUCGACUUCUGAGUAUGAAGUCAGCCAAUGCUUUGUUAGAGCUUCCGGCUUCAGAAACUUCAGUGUCUGCUGGUGCUUCAGUGUCUGCAAUUCUAAUUUCUGAUAUAAGUAAUUUCCCUGGAAGCAAGAAUCUGCAAUUGACAGACUUAAGUAGCACCCAACAAGAACAUAAGCUAGCAGCUGUGGAUGCUGGCAGUUCUGAAGUAUCUGAAUUUAAGGUAGCUAUUCUUACAGUAAGUGAUACUGUUGCCACAGGAUUGGGACCUGAUCGCAGUGGUCCAAGGGCAGUUUCUGUCGUCAAUUCAUCAUCAGAAAGACUAGGAGGGACAAGCGUAGUUGCAACAGCUGUUGUGCCAGAUGAUGUGCAAAAGAUUAAAGACAUGUUGCAGAAGUGGAGUGACGUUGACAAAGUAGAUCUUAUUCUUACCCUUGGUGGGACUGGCUGUACCCCAAGGGAUGUGACCCCUGAAGCUACCAAAAGUAUGAUACAGAAAGAAACACCCGGUCUUCUCUAUGUUAUGAUGCGAGAAAGUUUGAAGGUUACGCCUUCUGCAAUGCUCUCACGUGCAGCAGCUGGAAUAAGAGGAUCAACAUUGAUCAUCAAUAUGCCAGGCAAUCCAAAUGCAGUCGCGGAGUGCAUGGAAGCUUUGCUGCCUGCACUUAAGCAUGCACUUAAGCAGGUAAGGGGUGACAAGAGAGAGAAACAUCCUCGUCAUAUACCUCAUGCACAAGCUGCUCCCACAGAUACUUGGGAACGCAGUUACAAGUUGGCUUUGAGUGGUGGCCAAGAAGAGCAUGGUUGUUCGUGUUCCCACUAAAAUGUAUACGACAUUAUAACUUGGAACAUGUGCAUCUAAAGCACUUUUUAGUUGUAUUUUCCAAUGAAAAGUGCCAUUGUGAAGUGCAAAUUUGCCAAGCAAGAUUUGUGCCUUUCGUUGA